AUGCAUACACUCUGUGCGCUCCUCCUCCUCCUGUUCCUGCCCUACCGGGUACGGGAUACCCAGCCUGGAUCUUCGGUACUGGCUCCGCUGGCCCCCCACGUCGCUUCCUGCGCUCGAGAAGUCCUGCACGCCGCGCUCUCAUUCGCCAUCCCCUUGGCGCUAUCCUUUCUACAGGCUUACGGCGGUCAGAUUCUACUCGGUCUCGAACUGCGCGAGCUCUUCCAGCUCUUGGUCUGGUUCUUGCGGCACCGCGGAUGGUAUAGGGCACCUCUACUGCCCUUUCCGCUGACGCGUGCAAAACGGCGCCAUCCGGUCUGCAACGUCUUCGUGACCGGCUUGCCUUGUAAAGGCGUCUUGAUCAGAGUCCCUUUCUAUGCAACAACGGCUUGGGUGGUCAACGAGCUCAAGCGGCGGCACCGCGGUUAUCUCGGAAAAUCGAUAACCUAUACGCUCAUCCUCCAUUCGGCAACCGAUUCGUUCCCUCGCCCACUACAACCCUCUCAGAACCUCUUACUGGCCGGCAUGUGCGACAAUUCGACCAUCGAGGUGCGAUACUGCUUGCGCGGCGGCGCCCGUAACGCUUCUGCUGGUCCCUCUGCGUCUACCACGGCCGGUCCCUCGAACCAUUCUUCAUCCUCAGAGACCGAGGAGUCUUCGGACGAGGAGAUCCGGUAUAUCACCCGGAAUCAAUGCCCGAUCUGCCUCAAGAAGUUCACGGGAGCGAAAGGCGUCCAGCAGCACCGCGGCGCAGUGGAAAAGUGCGCCUUAGCCAAAAGCGUGCGCUACAAGUUUGUGCGCGAGGGCUCACGCGCUGGCACCACCGCGCCGGAUGGACGAAGCUCAUCCUCCGAAUCCGACCAGGCGCUACCUAGCGAAGAGGACGACUUGCAGGGCGCCGAUGGCUCGGAUCGAGCGUCCGAUGCAGGAGGCAUGGAGGUUGAGGACGAGGAGCCCAGAUUAAUCGAGGAUGAAGGUGUUGAGGUGAAGGCGUUUCACGAGGAGGAGGGUUCAGGCGAUGAGGGCGAGGGAUAUGACCCACCGGAGGAUCCGCCGGCGCGGUUGUUAUGGGAUGACGACGACGACGAUGACGAUGACGACGGUCUGUGGGGGGACGGGCAGCAUGGGCGCGCAUAUGCGCGAGGGAGAAAUCUUGAAGACGACGUCUUCAGAGAGGAAGUGAAGGAGGAGGAGGAGGAGGAGGAGGAACGACGUAUGCGGUAUAGCGACGACGAGGAUGAGGAGGACGAUACGCCUCCACCCAGGCCGCGCGGCGCACACCAUGCGAUCUCGACACUCCGCCCUCCACCACAUUCGAGAUCCCCUUCCCCGCCAGGCUCAUCUCCGCCCCCUCCAGGCUCGACGCCUCCACCACCGGGUUCAUCCCCGCCUCCGCCAGGUUCAUCCCCACCUCCACCGGGUUCAUCCCCGCCGCCACCGGGCUCUUCCCCGCCGCCACCGGGCUCUUCCCCGCCGCCACCGGGCUCAUCCCCGCCGCCACCGGGCUCAUCACCACCUCCUCCGGGCUCAUCACCACCUCCAGCUGACGCACAGCAGCCGAGGAGAGUAGUCCGCUUUCCUGGUCGCGCGGGCGAGGUACUCAACCCGAACCGUGCCCCAGGUGAUCCGUUCAGCGACUACGAGGCUCGAAUGGGAAGGGACGUAGACCCCGCGAACCCCUAUUCUCCAUUCCAGACCAAGAUGGAUUGGGAUGUAGCGGAAUGGGCCAAGACCCAGUCCAUAGGCGCCAACCAGCUCACCGCGCUCCUCAAGAUUCCUACGCUCGUCCAGAAGCUUGACCUACAGUUUCACGACAAUACGGGCUUGAACCGUAUACUCGACGAAGACCUCCCACCGCGCGCCGACUUUAAGCGCCUCACGUACUCGCUUGGCAGCGAGAAGCUCGAUCUCUACAUGCGGGACUCGCUCGAGGUCCUACGAGAGCUGUACGGGCGGCCCGAAUUCGCGCGUUACAUGGUCUACGCGCCCGAGAAGCACUACGUCAUCGAUGGAGGCGAGGAGGAACGAAACUAUUCGGAUAUGCAUACUGGUUUAUGGUGGUGGUGGAUUCAAAAAAAGAUAGAACGGAAACGGCCAGGCGCCACCAUUGUACCCCUCAUCAUUUCCUCCGACAAAACCCAACUUACCCUCUUCCGUAAUCGCUCCGCCUACCCCGUCUACCUCACCAUCGGCAACAUCCCGAAGGACAUACGCCGCAAGACCUCGCUUCAAGGCAUGGUGCUUCUCGGGUACCUUCCGUGCACCAGCUUGAAGGGGAUCAAGAACGACGACAUCCGACGCCGCGCCCACAUCAACCUUUUCCACCGCUGCAUGUCCGCCAUCCUGGCGCCGCUCAAGGCCAAGUCGAAGAAGGGUGUCGUUUUGACAUCGGGCGACGGCGCCAAGCGGCGGUGCCAUCCUCUCCUCGCUGCUUACGUCGGGGAUUAUCCCGAGCAAGUUCUCGUAGCCGGCGCCCUGUACGGCACAUGCCCCAAAGGGACGAUGGAUCGCUCGCUCUUCGGCACUGCGCUCGACUGCCCCCUCCGGAACGCCGCCACGGCUAAUGCCGCGCUCCGCCUGCAGGACGACGAAGACAAUGCCGCCGAAUUCAUAGAGGCUUGCCAAAACGCCGGCGUCAAGCCCAUCAACCCCUUCUGGAAGGACUGGGCUUACGCGAAUAUUUAUCAAGCUCUGCAGCCCGACAUCCUCCAUCAGCUCUACCAAGGAAUGGUCAAGCACCUGAUCGCGUGGCUUAAGGACGUCUAUGGCGAGAAGGCCAUCGACGACCGCUUCAAGUGCCUCCCCGCCAACCACCAGCUCCGACACUUCCAGAAGGGCAUAUCAGUCCUAGCGCGUGUCUCUGGCACCGAGCACCAGGACAUUUGCCGCGUUCUGCUCGGCGUCAUCGCUGACAUACCCCUUCCCGGCCCCGAUCCUCAUCGUGCUCGUGCCCGCCGCGUUGUGCGGGCAACACGCGCCUUGCUCGAUUUCGUCUACCUCGCCCAGGCGCCGGAAGCAUCUGAGGGCACCCUCACCGACCUCACGGACGCGCUCAGGAAAUUCCACGACUACAAGGACGUCUUCAAGACUCUCGGUGCACGCGAGCACUUCAAUUUCCCCAAGAUGCACGCGAUCUCGCACUAUGUGCGACAAAUCAAGCUCUUCGGCACCGCGGACGGCUACAACACCUCGUAUUCUGAACGCUUACACAUCGACUACACCAAAUCUGCUUACCGCGCGACAAACCGGAAGGACGAGUACCCUCAAAUGACGGUCUGGCUCCAGCGGCGCGAGCAGAUACGCGCCCACCAGGCCUAUAUCGACUGGCGCCUCCGAGAUCCCGCCGACGACAACGCACACCCACGCAUACGCCUCCCGCGCGCAAUUCGGUUCAAGAAUACCGUCGCCAACGAAGCCAGCGUCCGGAGACUCACAUUUGAGCAGGCCGAGCAGCGCUACGGCGUUACGGACUUCGAACGCGUGCUCAAAGAGUGCAUUCUCAAGUUGCAGGACCCCGAGGACACCGACCAACAUAUCGCGCUAUUGGCACGGGAUUUCCCCACCCCGUGCUCUUUCAUCCGCGCCCAUCACCGCAUGAAGUUCUGGCACCCCGACCCCUUCGAACGCACAGGCGACUUCGUGGCAGAGCUGCCAGACUCGGUCAUCGCCAGACCUCGCUAUCGGGACACGCAGGGGAGGAUGGUUCACGGGCAGUUUAGUACUGCGUUGAUUGACGAGUUUGGAGAGGGUGGACUUAUAGGUAUUGAAGGAUACCGCGUUGGGCGAGUACGCCUCAUUUUCAGCCUUCCCGAGGAGGUGGACGUGCUCUUCGACGACGACGACGACAUCCCCACCCAUUUCGCCUAUAUCGAGUGGUUCACCCCCUUCCGCAACGAGCACAAGAGCCCCGAUCAUCAAAUGUACCGCGUCGAACGUGUACGCCUCGGCCCUGAACAAGAACCGCUAGUUUCCAUCCUUCCCAUCGACCGCAUCCGCCGCAGUAUCUCCCUCCUACCCCGCAUCGACACUCGCAACGUACCCUCAUCGUACACGAAGGACAACAUCUUGGACAAGUGUAGAUGGUUCUAUGUGAACCCCUUUUCCGAUAGACACGCUUACAUUACAGUGAAGUAG